AUGGCGUUUCAUUGGCGGGAACGGGACUCGACCAGGGGACACGUGGCGGCUGCUGGAGACGAGGCGGCGCGGGGGAACGCAGAGCGAGGGCAGAUGGUGAUGGUGGGGGAUGUGCUGCGACAGGUUUCAGUGGCUCAGGGCACGCCGCUCUCUCGGGUUAUUGACCUUCAAUCACUCAGAGCCGCAAUCGAGGAGGGUAAGGGCCCUUGCACGUUUGUGCUAGAGAGAGCCCUGCACGCCCCCACCACCCAACGCAUCAUCCUCUCCCACCCUCUCCGCUCCGACAAUCCCGGCCGCUCAGCAGCUGCCACGUGGCACCACCCGUCCAGCUGGCCACGCUACAGCGCGAGCAGCGCCAUGUCAGCACGAACACUUUUUGCAAGGGGGGGAGUGGGGCGGAGGGAGCAAGCGGGUGAAUCAGUGGGGGUGGUGGUAGCAGCAAGAGGAGAGGGAGAGCUGGGGAAUGAAGCAGCUGUAGGUGUGAACGAGUCUGUAGUGAUCCAGCAUGUUAGAGAGGCAGAGGUAAGGGUGGCGAGGGAAGGGGAGGGGCGUCAGGAGGAUGGGGGGAAGGUGGAGGAUGGGGGGGAGGUGGAGGGUGGGGGAAAGUUGGAAGACCGGGGGAAGGUGGAGGGGGUGGGCGUUUUAGAAGGAAGGGGGAAGAUGGAUGAAGCGUUGGAUGAAAAGGAGGAGAAGAGCGUAUAUGGGGAAGGGAGCAUGGGAGAUGGAGAAGGGGAGAAAAGGAUGGAUGGAGGGAUGGGAGAGGACGAAGGAUUGAAGGGUGGGGAGGCACAGAAGGCGGGGGGGAGGGGUGUGAGGGCGAUACUAGGCGGCACUUUGUGGGGUAAGAAAAGGAAGACAGGGAGGGCGAAAGGAGAGGGAGGAGAGGGGAAGGAGCGGGUGGAGCAAGCACAGGCAGAGCCAGAGUGGGUCCUAUUUCCGUUCUUUGAGGGGAAACUUGUGUCUGGCUCGGAUUCAGGUCCGGAUUUCGGAGCUGAUGAGAGGUCUGGUAAGCAGGACGCGACAGGUCCGGGUCAAGGGUUGGAAACUCGAGUGGUUGAAACCCAAGCCUUUAAUCCCCAGGAUUUGGUAGCAGCUGGAGACGCGGUUGGGGCAGGAAGUGGUUUGGCCAGAGAGGAGGCCGUUGGUAGGGAAGCAAACCUAGAGGGUGAGGCUGCGGCAGGUGAGGCUGGGGCAGGUGAGGCUGGGGCAGGUGAGGCUGGGGCAGGUGUGGCUGGGGCAGGUGAGGCUGGGGCAGGUGUGGUUGAGGCAGGUGUGGCUGGGGCAGGUGUGGUUGAGGCAGGUGUGGCUGGGGCAGGUGUGGUUGAGGCAGGUGUGGCUGAGGCAGGUGUGGCCCCAGCUAUGGGAACUGCAGCUCAAGAAGCUAGUCAAGAGAAGAUCGAGCAGGGAGAUACGACCCUGGAGAGAAUAGAAGGGAAGGAAGAGAGGAGAGGAGAGGUGGAGGAGGAGGAUGGGGCUGAGUGGGCGCAAGCAGCAGAGGCAGCAGCAGCUCUUGCAGCCGCUAUGAGAGGAGGGAGGGGAGAGGAGGGCCGGGAGAGCAAUGAGGAGGAGGGUAUGGGAGAACGGGGUGACAGGGGCGAAAGGGAGAGAGGCGAGGAGGGGGUGGGAGAGAGGGAAGAGUGGUUCGGGGAGGCGAAGCAGCAGGGUCGGAAGGACGCGGACUGGCAGUGGCCGGAGCGCGGUUUCUGGGAUGCUUCCUCUGGGAAGGACGGGGGAGCGGAGGGGGAGGGAAGGUGGUGGGGGCUUGGGGUGGGGCGGGUGGAUGAAUUUGUGGAGGCGUACACAAGAGGCGUGGGGGACUCACGAUUCGAGCCACUCCACUCACCCACUCACACACAGGUAUCAGACCAUUUGGCCUUUGGAGCGGCACUCCUGUGCCCGGAAGACAUCACCUCCGCACACCAAAGGCUGGCCACAACAGCAGUGUUGGACCUGCAGCGAGCCACAGAGAAGCUCAAUUGGGCAGUGGACGUGGAUGGCAUGAAUCGGGCGGCACGGGACGCAGGGGUGAUGGUGGUGCACCACCCUAUCAGGCACCACGACGGGCAUGACUUGCGCCGAAAGCUCCCAGUGGCGGUGGGGAUUCUGCACCGCCUGCUGCGCCGGGGGCUGCAUGUGUUGGUGACGGACACAGACGGGGUGGACAGGGCGCCAGCAGUGGUGUGUGCGUACCUGCACUGGGUGCUUGCUAUUCCGUUGCCCCAGGCUCUUCACUUCGUCUGUGACGUCCGCCCCUGCCAACCCAACCGGGCGGCACUGGCAGCGGCCACAUGGGAUCUGGUGGCCAUGCUGCGGCGUGGGGUGAGACACACGGGCCCUGCCACUCACUCGGUGCAGAUCGCAUGGAACCACGGGGGGCGCGAGGUGCUACUGGUGGGGGAGCUAUCAGGCGGGUGGAAGAACCCAGUGGCAGCCACACCAGUGGGGGGCUCCAAGUUCGUCCUCGCGCUCAGGCUGCCCCUCGGAUCCUACCGCUACAAGUUCAUAGUGGACGGGCACUGGAGGCAUGCAGCAGACCUGCCCACAGAGGUGGACGAGUGGGGCAACACCAACAACGUGCUACACGUGGGGUCCCUGGCCCGGCACACCAAUGAUGCGGUGAGGGAGAGGGUGAUAGAGCGUCCACUCACGGACCUCGAGAGGAGAAUGGUCACCUUUGCCUCCCAGCGCGUUGCCUUCUCCGUCUCGCCAAUCACCUUCACUCCCAAGCUGCGCCCAGCACGCUCUUGA